AAUCCUCAUCUUGAACCCACUUACCCACCCGCUCCAACUCAUGCUCUCCCAAAACCAUGCCGCUGCCUCUGUGCCACCACCACCAUUGCUCUCUCCCUUCCCCAGCUUUACCAGACUCCUCCUCCCCAUUCUACCUUUUCUUGUCCUAUACGCAAACUCUCCCUAAAACCCUCCUCUUUCGAAACCCUAAACCCCCCAAAUUCCUCCUACGUUGCUCCACCUCCGACCCCAAAACACUACCCAAAUCCGCUAUCCAAAGAAUUGCCGACAAGCUCCGCAGCCUUGGCUACGUCGACGAGGACCCAGGUCAGAUUCGAAGUCCCGAAAGCGAAACCCAGCCAGAAACCGUCGGCCAUGGUUCCGCCGGAGAAAUCUUCGUCCCCUUUCGCCGGCAACUGCCAAAGCACCGGGUUGGGUGCACCCUUGAUUCGAGCUGGAGCACGCCGGAGAACCCGAUGCCGGAGCCUGCGUCCGGGAGUGCGAUUGCGAGGUUCUAUGAACUGACGAAUGAAGUGAAGAAGCAGGAGAAGGAGUUGGCGAAGAAGGAUGAGGAGAAGGUGCCAAUUUUGGCUGAGCGCACACUACCGAGGAAGGAGUUGAAGAGGCUUCAGCGCAUUGGGAUUGGGAUGAAGAAGAAAUUGAAGAUUGGGAAAGCGGGGAUUACAGAGGGAAUUGUGAACGGGAUUCAUGAGCGGUGGAGGCGGUCGGAGGUUGUGAAGGUUGCGUGCGAGGAUUUGUGUAAGAUAAACAUGAAAAGGACCCAUGACUUAUUGGAGAGAAAAACUGGAGGCUUGGUUGUUUGGAGGUCUGGAAGUAAAAUAGUCUUGUACAGGGGACCCAAUUAUGAGUAUCCUUACUUCUCGUAUGAUAACAUUGCGACAAAUCACAAAUCUUCAUGCCUGGAAGAUGGAGUGCAGGACAGUAAGGAAGGCUACUUACCUGGCAUGGACAGUGUAGAAUGUACUGGGCCAAGACCAAUUGAUAAGAUGUCUCGGGCAUCCUUGAUACAAGGUGUAGGUUGUCCAAACAGAGUUCGAUUUCUACUUCCAGGGGAGGCUCAGCUUGCAGAAGAAGCUGACCAAUUGUUAGAUGGACUGGGUCCGCGGUUUACUGAUUGGUGGGGACCUGACCCUCUUCCAGUUGAUGCUGAUCUUCUACCGGAGGUUGUUCCAGGAUACAGGAGACGUUUUAGGCUUCUUCCUUAUGGCGUGAAGCCUACAUUAACGAAUGAUGAAAUGAAUACAUUAAGGAGACUUGUCCGGCCCUUACCAUGUCAUUUUGCAUUAGGGAGAAAUAGAAGACUUCAAGGAUUGGCUGCCUCCAUUGUCAAGCUCUGGGAAAAAUGCGAGAUUGCAAAAAUUGCAGUUAAGAGAGGAGUCCAAAACACUAAUAAUGAGAUGAUGGCUGAUGAAUUAAAGCGAUUGACUGGAGGAACGUUGCUUUCACGGGAUAGGGAGUUUAUAGUUUUUUACAGAGGGAAGGAUUUUUUGCCACCUGCAGUUUCUUCUGCGAUAGAAGAGAGGAGAAGGUUUGGAGUAGGCAGGGAGAAACAGAGAGUGGAUUGUGGUUCAUCAGUUUUGACUGAACAAGUGCCUAAACUGGGGACCAUAGAGCAUGCUUCUGGAGAUGAACUUGAUGGGACAAAUGGCCAGAAGCAGGCCCUCAUCCCUGAACAACGCAAGCUACGGUCCACUGAAGCAGCUAUUAAGAGAACUAGCAUUAAGUUAUCAAGGGCAUUAGAAAAGAGAGCAAAAGCAGAGAAACUUCUAUCAGAAUUGGGGAAGGGAGAAGUGCCCCAACAACCUGAAAUAGAUAAAGAGGGUAUCACUGAAGAAGAAAGAUAUAUGCUGAGGAGGGUUGGCUUGAAAAUUAAACCUUUCCUGCUACUGGGUAGAAGAGGGGUUUUUGAUGGCACAGUUGAAAAUAUGCAUCUUCAUUGGAAGUAUAGGGAACUUGUUAAGAUAUUAUGCAGCGAUAGAAGCAUUGAGGAGGUUCAUGCAGUAGCCAGGACGCUAGAGGCAGAAAGUCGAGGAAUAUUAGUGGCAGUGGAGAGAGUGAGGAAGGGUUAUGCGAUCAUUAUAUAUCGUGGAAAGAAUUAUGAACGCCCUGCUUGUUUGCGGCCUCAGACACUCUUGAAUAAAAGAGAAGCGAUGAAGCGCUCGUUAGAGGUGCAGCGUCGUCAGUCCCUUAAACUUCAUGUUUUGAAGCUGAACAGAAAUAUAGAUGGUUUGAAUCGUCAGUUGGUUAAAGAAGAGGAGAUGAAUAGGAUGUUGUCUGCUGAAGAAUCAAAACUUCACUUGGUUAAGGAGGAGAUGAAUGAUGUGCAGUCACUUGACUGUGAGAGAUUGGAUUCUGAACUUAAAGCUGAUUCUCACUGUUGUUCUUUACUUCCUGCUGGUGUUAAAGAUAAUGUGGAGGAUAAAGAAAAACAUGGUUUUGUGAAUGCGGAUGAUGGCAUGGAUGAUUCAAGGGACAAUCUAGAAAAAACUCUGCAAGAAAAGCCUGUAGAAAUUUUCUCAAAGGAAAAGGAUGAAACAGAUGAACCUGCAGAAACUGAAGUAGAGUCUUUAUCUGUGUCUGCAUCUGAAGAAACCCCCCCAAAUUCCUUGAUGUAUAUGGAUGUUGAAGGUGAUGUCUACUCUACAUCUUUACAUAAGGAUUUCAAGUCACAAGGUUCAACAAACUGCUCAGCCAGCGAAAAUGCUGAGCGUCAUGUUUUUUGUGAUAAAAAGAUUAAGCCAGCGGUUGUAUUAGAAAAUGAUUUGAAACCAUUGACUUGCGGAGGUGUUGAUGGUGGGUCUAAUGGGACACCUUUCAAAGCAGCACCUCUUUCCAAUAGAGACAGGCUGCUUCUUCGAAAGCAAGCCCUCAAGAUGAGAAAACAGCCUUUGCUUGCUAUAGGGAAGAACAACAUGGUAAGUGGUCUUGCAAGAGCAAUCAAGGCACACUUUCAGAGGCAUCCGCUAGCCAUUGUGAACGUCAAAGGCAGGACCAAAGGAACAUCUGUCCAGGAGGUGGUUUUCAAGCUGGAGCAAGCAACAGGUGCAGUUCUAGUUUCUCAAGAGCCUAGCAAAGUCAUUCUUUAUCGGGGCUGGGGAGCAGGAGGUGAACCAGGCCAUGCUGGUAAAAAGAAUACAAGAUAUGCAAGUGAACAAUCAGUUGGUGAAGCAGUUGAAGCUCGGCCCGCUGUUUCUCCUGAGCUAAUGGCAGCUAUUAGAUCUGAAUGUGGGUUGUGGGAUGAAUGAGACAAAUGGGCCACUGUCAGAAUUUCGGCAGUCCUUUAGGCAGUGGUCAUUUACCCUGUUCAUAACACGUUUCCCAUUCUGGUUCUGUGGCGUCUGUUGGGGGAUGGAAUCUUGGAUGUUUUGUUUCCCCUGGCUGCACACCACGCUGUUGAAAAAGAGCUAUAACUGGCAUAUCUGCAUGGGAAGGUGGGGGAACAUGUUAAUGCUUAGGUGCUCCUGUUCUCACUUCAUCGCUGCUCUCAUGGAGUAUACAUACAGCAUUUGGACCAUUUGCUUGUGCAUGCAAGGCAUGAGAAAGAUGGCUGACCUUUUCCUGCAAAAAAGAUUGCUGAAGGAAAACUUCCCAGGUGAAACAGAAGACAUCUUGUGGUCGUAAAUUGUGUCACCCUUGAAAUGUUUUAAACUGCCCAGCCCUCGUUGGGUUCUACUGGGCGUGGACGUUCAGCAAUGGUCCUUGUACAAUGUCAUUUUUUUCCCCCCAAUUUAGAAUGGUUCAAAUAAUAUUGUAUAGAAGUUCAAGUAGAAUAUUUGGUCAUUGAAUCCAAGGAUCAACUCCAAAAGCUGCAUUGUUUUUUUUUUUUAAAUAAUAAUAAUAUUGCUUUUAAAA